AUGCACGUCCCUGUGUGCGUGGGGGAGAGAGAGGACUUCUUUUAUACGUUUGCCGUGUUGCGUGCUUCGAGGCGCGUGUGUGAUGCUCUUUCUGGGUGCACGUGUCAAGGGCGGCUGGAGUGUCUUCCUUUUCGUUCUCCCUCCCUGCACGUAUUAUUGCUGUUUUUUUUUUCCUUUUCUUAUUGUAGAGGGCGGGGGGUUCUCUGCCCUUUCCACUUUUUUUUCCUGCCUGCACGGAACUUGCACGUCUCCACCCAUUUCAAUCCUCUCUUCCUUCUUCUCUAUUUAACCUCUUUUCUCGCGUGGGUUGGGGCAACAGCAGUAAGAAGAGUAUUCUUAGGCGGCCGUGCGAAAAGAAAAUAA